UAAGCCAUCGAUCAUGAAGAUGUCCUUUGUCUUGCUUUCACUGGUCUCUCGAUUCCUGGGGGCCACAACGCAGCUUUCAGUGAAUGCGGAAGAUGUGAUCACCACAACUAUGCGGACAAUGAUCCCCAAGCCACCGAGUCCUUAUUGCCAGUCCAAGUUGUGCCCCAAAGGACAAACCCAUGUGGCCUGUGAAAGCUUUUACAAAAGUCUUCACCGCACCUGCGCCGCCAAGGAGACGACUUUUGUGAACAUGACGACCCAGGCGGAGAAUAUCGUGAAGCACCACAACGAGAGGCGUUAUCUGUUGGCCAGUGGCAAGGACUCCUCUCUACCACGUGCCGCUCGAAUGGUGGCAAUGCAGUGGGACGAGGACCUGGCCGCCGUGGCAGGAUUCAAUGCCAGAAUGUGUGUGGCCAAGCACGAUGACUGCCGCAACACGGUCAAGUUCCCACGAUCCGGCCAGAACAUCAUUGUUUUCAAUAUGACGCGACGAGUGGAGAAACAGCUGAUGGAAAUACUGUACCCGGAGCUACUGUCCAUUGCGGUGAAGACCUGGUGGUCGGAGGCCGAACGGAUGACCGCCGAGAACAUGGACCUCUAUCCGUGCGAUGAGAAACUGCAAAACGCCUACCGCCACUUUGCGGUCAUGGCCGUCGAGGGCAACUCGCACGUGGGCUGCGCUGGACUGCGGUACGUGGUGGGGAACCUGACCCAGUUCAAGCUCACCUGCAACUACGCCAGGGCUCCGGUCUGCGGACAGCCGAUCUACCGCUUCCGACCCGUCGGAUGCCAGACGGGCCGCAACAAGAAGCACUCGUCCUUGUGCUCGCCCACCGAACUCUUCCGCUGAAUUUUUCAAGGGGACACACACACGCACAUCUCGAAAGGCCCCACAUUAACGCAUCUUGUUUAUCCAUGUUUACCCCGAAAAACCCUGGCCAUAAAUACCAUUCAACGAGUGGCCAAAACGAAUGGCCAUGUUCCACAGCUGCCCAUGCAAAAUUCAAACAACUCCAUCGGAAUGGAAUUUCUGCCAAUUUCCUGUGACGAACCAGGCCCGAGGUCCUUGGCGAGCCUGGCAGGAAGUAUCGAUGGCGGUGCAAUUACCUGCAUAACAGCCGGGAAAAAUAGCCACACUGCGAAAAUAUGUUUAUAAACGCUCGGAAAAUAUAGAGCUUUGGAAACUCGUUUUACAUUGCUUUUUUAAGUCGAUUUUUUUUUUAAAGACAUUUCAAUACAACAAUUUAGGAGUAUAAAUAGAGGCAAUUAAAUAUAUUUUUUAAAAUCGAUGUCAUUGAUUUUAACACAUUAAAAAAACCUAAGCAUCAUUUAAA